AUGGGCAUCAAAAUCAUCAUUGUAGGCGGCAGUGUCGCUGGUCUUUCUCUUGCCAACAUGCUGGAGAGAUUCGACAUUGAUUAUACCAUUCUCGAAGCGUAUUCUGAGAUUGCGCCCCAAGUUGGAGCUAGCAUCGGCUUACUUCCCAACGGCCUGCGCAUUCUGGAUCAAUUAGGCUGCUAUGAGCGACUCCGAGAGGCUGCUGGGAAUUACUACCACAGGGUGACCUUCCGCGAUGCGAAUGGGAAACCCAUUUCUUCAACCCCCGGACCAACCAUGUCAGAAAGAAUGGAGAAACACGCCGGAUACGCGUCCUUGUGGGUAGAUAGACAGAUGUUACUUCAAAUCCUGUACGAUAACCUGAAGCGAAAGGAUAAAGUCCUCACGAACAAGCGCGUCGUCCACGUGGAAACCAACUCUGCGGGAGUUGCGGUCACGACGGAAGAUGGAUCGACACAUACGGGCGAUAUCCUGGUUGGCGGUGAUGGGGUUCAUAGUAAGGUACGGGAAGAGAUGUGGCGGAUAGCUAGUGUCUCUGAUCCAAUUGCGUUCCCCCCGGAAGAGAGAUCAAUUGUGCAAUCGAGCAUGAAGUGCAUCUUCGGAAUCUCCAAGCAGCCCGUAAAAUUCCCGCCUGGUGCUACUCAGCAGACCACAUUUUUCCGAGGCCAUCUAUACUUGGUCAUAUCCGCCCCAGGAGGCCGGGUGUAUUGGUUCCUGUUCCACGAAUUAGGAGAGACAAAGUACGGAAAAGACAUUCCUAAAUUUUCCAAGGAGGAUGAGUUACUUCUAGCGACACAACAUCGAGAAGACCACAUCACAGAAGAUCUGACGUUCGGGGAUCUCUAUGAUAACCGCAUUAAGUCUACAUUGGUCCCACUGGAGGAACAUGUCUUCAGACGAUGGCAUUUCCAGAGGAUUAUCAUCAUCGGUGAUGCGGCAACCAAGGUACUACCGCAACCCAUGGACCUAGGACUACAUAUACUACGGUAG